AUGAACACUGAUGAGUUUCGCACGCGGGCCAAGGAGGCCAUCGACCAAAUCGCCGACUAUCAUGAAUCAGUUCCGUCUCGUCCUGUGGUCUCAGCGGUUGAACCAAACUACCUUGCCCCUUUGCUCCCGACCUCGGCGCCUCUUGACCCAGAGCCUUGGUACGACAUCACAGCCGACAUACAGUCCAAGAUUAUGCCAGGCAUUACACACUGGUCCAGUCCCGGUUUCAUGGCCUUUUUCUGCUGCACAAAGCUCGAAGUCAUCGUCAUGGAUUGGCUGGCAAAAUUGAUUGGGCUCCCUGAGUGCUUCCUUUCAAAGGGCCCGACGAAUGGAGGAGGUGUGAUUCACGGUUCAGCGAGCGAGGCUAUCCUGACAGUCAUGGUCGGUGCGCGGGACAAGUUUCUUGCCGCCAAGACGGCUCACUUGUCCGAUGAUGACCCUGAUGACCCUGAUGCCAAAGAAGAUGAACUUUGGCGCCUACGAAGCCGCUUGGUCGUCCUUGGUAGCGCUGGAACUCAUUCUAAUACCAAAAAGGCCGCUCAGAUCCUUGGUGUUCGGUUCAUCGCCGUUCCAGUCGACGAGGAAAAGGGAUUUGCUAUGCAGGCCAGUGAUCUGGCCCAUGUCCUCGAUGGCCUUGCGUCCCGUGGUCUAGAACCCUUCUUCAUCACUGCUACUCUGGGUACCAUCGAAGUCUGCGCUGUCGAUGGCUUUCCUGGCGUUGUCAACGUUCUCACACCUCGCAUGAACACCCCCAAUGAGAUAUGGGUUCACGUUGAUGCGGCGUAUGCUGGCUCUGCUCUCGUACUCGACGAGUAUAAGGCUAUCGCAGCCCCUUUCGAAAACUUCCACUCGUUCAACUUUAACCCCCAAAAGUGGCUUCUGACAACGUUUGACUGCUCCGCUCUCUGGGUGCGCAACCGUUCACACCUCAUCAAGUCGUCCCUCAGCGUCAAGCCGCCAUACUUGCAUGAUCAGCUAUCGGAUGAUGAUCGAACUGUUGAUUAUCGAGAUUGGCAGAUCCCCCUAGCUCGUCGUUUUAGGUCCCUCAAGCUUUGGUUUGUCAGGCGUGCUUAUGGCGUCCGAGGCUUGCAGGCCCAUGUACGACAGGGGAUCCUCCUGGGCAAGUCACUCGAGGCAAAACUACGUUCUCGACCGGAUCUUUUUUCUAUCAUGACCCCUUCUCACUUUGGCCUGUUAACACUACGCCUAUGCGCUGGCGGCAAUGAACAACUUAACAACAGCCGCACAGAGGCGCUCUGUGAAAGGGUCAACAGUGGAGGCCAGUUCUUCCUGACUGGAACAACCUUUAAUAGCAGAUUUGCUAUUCGAGUCUGCACCAGCGGUGCCUCUGCGAGUGAAGAACACAUCAAAAAAUUGUUCGACCUUUUUGUGGGGGAGGCCGAGAGCAUCAUGAAGGAGGGAGAAUUAUUGCAACAACUGUAG